AUGGACCCCCGAGUAGGCGUAGGCGUCUUCGUCAUCAACCACAAGGGACAGUUAGUUCUUGGCCAGCGCAAAAGCAGCCACGGCGCUGGUACCUGGGCCCUACCCGGCGGCCAUCUCGAAUUCAAUGAGUCCUUCGAAGACUGUGCGGCACGUGAAGUAUUAGAAGAGACAGGCCUCAAUGUGCGCGACAUACAAUUCCUCACAGCAACCAAUGACAUCAUGAAAGAUGAGGGGAAGCACUAUGUCACUGUUUUUGUGGCAUGUACUGUUGUGGGAGAUGAUGCGCAGCCGGAGCUAAUCAUUCCUUCCAGGUAUUGGAACCUCACAAGUGUGAGCAGUGGAAGUGGGUGA